AUGAAAAAGAAAGUUAAUUAGCAGCAAUCGCCAUAACAGCAUUCCCAGUAGCAACAGCCACCUCCAAACCAAUUAAAAAUACUAAAACCAAUAAUUAAUCCCUAGCAAUAGACUUUAAACUCCUAAACACCAGGCAAAGACAAAAAUAACAUUAAGAAGUCAGUGCUCAUUUAAGAACCUGUUGAUUAAAAUGUGCAAUCAGUAAAUGAGAAAGAAUAAACUCAAGGUGUUAAGAAGGAUGAGAAAAUCAGAGUGGCAAUCAGAGUCAGGCCCAAACUUAGAUCUGAAAACAUCAAAGACUCAGUGGUUGAAUGCACUGUAUCUGAAAAUAAAAUAAGAGUAUCUGAUUUAACGCAUAUUGUUGAAAGCAAAUACGAUUAGCUAUUCGACAUGCCAUCUACUUAGAGAGAUGUUUACGAUUUCAUUACUUCUACUAUACAGGGUGUGUUUGAUGGGUAUAAUUCAACUAUAUUCGCAUAUGGGCAGACAGGUUCUGGCAAAACCUACACAAUGUUUGGGCCCUCUUGGGAAGAGAAUAUUAUCUUUAACAAAAAGCAAUAAAAUGCUCUUAAGGUUAGGAAUCAGCUGAUAGACCAACAAGCAAUCAUAGUUGAUAAAAACCAAGAAGGAGUAAUUCCUAGGUCAAUUAGGGAGAUCUUCAAUUUAAUGAAGAGCAAUGAUAAGGCAUCUCAGGAUAAGACAAAUCAUACUAUAUACUGCUCCUUCAUUCAGAUCUACAAUGAAAAGAUUUAUGACUUGCUUUAGGAUAUUGAGACUAAGAAGCCGCUUAAGACUGAAAAAGACUGUUUUGCUUUGUUGAGAAGAGGAGAGCUAAACAGGAUAACUAGGCAGACUAAGAAGAACAUCCUCAGUUCCAGAAGUCACUCCAUCUUUUAGCUGCUAAUUGAAAGUGAUAAGCCUGAUAGCAGAGGAUUUCUAAAAAAGGCUAAAUUAAAUCUAUGUGAUUUGGCUGGUUCUGAGAAGAUACAUGGUCUUGAAGAUAUGCAAAAUGCUGUGCACAUAAAUGAACUGAAGACUAUCAAUCUGAGUUUGACGAAUCUGGGCAAAGUCAUUCAGGCAUUGUCAAAGGAGUCAAAGAUGAUGAAGAAGAAUCAAAAUCUAUUCACUCCGAGAGGACAUGCUGACUAUUUCUAGAAAGUGCAUAUUCCCUACCGUGAUUCACAACUCACCAGAAUACUCUAAGACUCGCUGGGUGGUAACACUCGAACAGUGCUGAUAGCUACAGUAUCACCAAUAAUUGACAAUAUUGAAGAAACCAUAUCAACCUUAAAAUUCGCAGACAGAGCUAAACAGGUAAUGGCAACAAUUAGGGCAAAUGAGAUAAAUGCUGCUGAUGAUGCUUUAGUUUAGAAGUUGCAAAAAGAGGUCUAGACUCUGAGAGAGGUUCUUAAUCUUAGAAGGAAAGGUGUGACUAAUGAUAUAUAACGCGAACUCUUAGUAUUGAAAGAAGAAAACCUAAAACUUAAAGAAAUGGCUUAGAAUGCAGACAUGGUUGAAAGACUGAAACUAGAGAACAAACUCAUGAAGUUAGAACUUCAAAAGAUGAAGGAGCCAGGUGGCAGUGAUUAUGGGAGCAACACUCAGCAUUUCAACACCCUCGGUGGUUCUUCUGAACUCACCAAUCACACUAGUAACUCUUUCGUGGGCACUAUCAGGAGAAGCAACUAAAGCGAUCCUUUUUUGGAGUUCUAAGAAAGCGACCCCACAGUCAACUCUAAAGCCUCUUCUUUCAAAAUGAAGGGAGGAGCUGAGCACAUUAUUAUUGAGGAGCGCAAGCAGGAGGUCAAGAGCCUGCAAGGCAGUCUUUAAAAGAAUGGACGAUGUCCUAUAUGCACAUUGCUGCCACCGUGCAAUCACUACAAAAAUCAGAGACAUGCAAAUACUCAAAGCAUGCCUUCCUUAAAUCUGAAGGCAGUCAAAGAUAAUCCCUAUGGACUGAUUCAAGACCAGAAAAAAAAGAAUACUGAUAGAUAUGAGCUUGGCAGUUAUUCGCCCAAGAAUACUUUUUCAGUUGAGAGAAAAGAAUCAAAUUCAACUCUUUAAAUUGGGUUCAACAAUAACAACAUUUUAAAUAGCAGUGAUUCAGCAUAGAAACUAUCAGGUCCUUCCUUUUUCCCUUAAUUAGUAUCUGGAAUGACUCACAACUAGAACUUGCAAGACUACGGGAGUGACCACUUUACCUCAAUAAGUUAAAGACUUGAAAGGAACAACUCCUUCAGAAGAAAAAAUAACAGAAACGCUUACUUGAGUAAUUCACUGGUACCUUAGACGGAACGAGCAGAGUUGACGGAUGAGAACAAUUUCCUUGAAGUUAGGAUCAGAGGCAAGAACAACACCUUCGCUAAAAAGAAAGCCAGUGCCUUCGUGACUCUAGACGAGCAAUCUAAGAUACAAGAAAAGAGGAAAGAGCAGAUAAAGCAAAGUGAGAGACUGAAGUAACUUCAGAUAUUCGAGAAGGACCGCGAAACCAAGAUUAAAAAUGACUUCUAGCAAGAACUCAAAAAGAUAGAGGAUCAGUACACAUAGAAUGCUCUGCAAAGUGCGAGGAAGAGGAUAUGA